GCUAAACGUGUGGUGAUGCAGGAAAGACUGAAGAAAGCUGAGCUGGAGGAGGCUGAAGCGGGUGAGGAAGACGAGGAUCCUGAGGAGGACUUGUCGUUUGAGGAGAUGGAGGAGAAGGCCACGUCUGGAGAUGCCAGAGCACAGACCAGUCUGGGCAGAUACUACCUGGGGUUGGCUGAGGAGAAGGAGGCGGAGCUUAAUAACCGCCUGGCAGUUGAUUGGCUGGUGCAGGCCGCUAAGCAGGGACGGAAGAGUGCAGCCCGUCUUCUACAGCGCUGCUGGAUCCAGAGGACAGGUAUCGGUGAGGACAAUGAGGAGGAGGUGCGUCGUCUGUCGACAGAGAGCAGGUUUGAGCAGACGGUCCGGAAGGCGGCCAUGAUGAUGUUCAGGAAGCUGAACCCCGACAGGAAGGAGAAGAUGGCGGUGUCUGAGAUGAUGGAGAACGUUGGACAGGUCAACGCUGUGCACGGUGGCGCCACCACGGACCAAACCCAGAAGGUCCUGGAGAACAUGGUCACUGGAGAGACUGGUCAGUUUGUUGACCUGGAUGACUUUGUAGAGAUCACUAAGAGGUAUACCCAGGGCAUGGCCCCCAGCACGGGCUCUACCCAGAGCCAGGGCCCUGCCCAAACCUCUGGAGAGAAGCAGAGUGGCCUGGUCCCCAAGAAGCCUCAGAAGGGAGUGUGGGGGAUGGGUCAGAGUGACAUGUUGAUGGACACCAGACGACACUUCCUGGUGUUGCAGUACCCUAUAACUGCGGUCAUCGAGGUGAAGGAUCAGCUCAUUGAUUGGGCGUCUCGCGCCGGCGUCCAAUGGCUGAGCACAGUGAUCCCCACGCACCACGUCAACGCGCUCAUCUUCUUCUUCAUCAUCAGUAAUCUGACUGUUGACCUGUUUGCCUUCUUCAUCCCACUCCUUGUAUUCUACCUCUCCUUCAUCUCCAUGGUGAUCUGCACGCUACGCAUCUUCCAGAGCAGCAAGGCGUGGGAGAACUUCAGUGCCCUAACAACCCUGCUGACCCGGUUUGAGCCUGGCCUGGAUGUGGAGCAAGCAGAGUCGAACUUUGGCUGGAACAAUCUAGAACCCUACCUCUACUUCCUGAUAUCGGUGUUCUUCAUCGUCUUCUCCUUUCCCGUCGCUGAUAAAGGAUGGAUCCCCUGCUCGGAGCUGUCCACGGUAGCCAUCUUGUUCACGGUGGUCAGCUACAAGAGCCUGAGUCCCUCGGGCGCCACCUACGCCAAACGGGCGCUCAUCACUGAGGUGGCAACGUCCUUGUGUUCCCUGACCAGUCUCCUGCCCCAGAGUGCUGUUCUGCUGAGGAUGCUGAGUCACACCUUCACUACCCUGCCACUAGGGGACUCAGUGGUGAUGAAGAUCAGUCUGCCCUGUCUGCUGGACCUCUACCUCUACUUCCUGUUCUUCAGUAUGGCUAGGCAGCGUGGUUUCCGUGGGACCUACUGUUUCCUGGUCCCCUACUUGGUCUGCUUCCUGUGGUGUGAGUUCUCUGUGGUGCUUCUCCAAAACUCUUCCCCCGUGGGGCUCAUCCGGACCUGCGUUGGCUACUUCCUGUUCCUGUUUGCCUUGCCCGUGCUGGCCGUAGGACUGGCCGCCAUGGUCCUCAUCCAGCUGGUCAAAUGGUUCCUGGAGCUGGAGCUCACCAAGAUGAUUGUGACGCUGGCCGUGUGUGCGGUGCCGGUGACACUGAGGCUGUGGACGCGCUUCGGCCUGUCUCUCAUGGACGUGUUCCACUCCAUGUCGCAACGCGGCGCCGUCAAGCUCAUCCUGUGCUGCGUCACCAUGGUGAUGCUGUUCUUCUGGAUGUACGUGUUCCACUCCGAGGGACUGCAGGGGUAUAACUCUACGUUGACCUGGAGACAGUACGGGCAGCUCUGUGGUCCUCCUGCCUGGAAGGUGAAAGGUGUGGCUCAGACACAGAUCUUCUGUACACACCUGGAUGGACACCAGGUGACGUGGACGGGGAGGUUCAGGCAGGUGCGUGUAGCGGAAACUGAGAACGGAGCCCAGUCCGUCAUCAACCUGCUGCCGGUGUUCAUGGGAGAUUGGUUACGCUGUCUUUACGGAGAGACCUAUCCUAAAUGUGACCCGCUGCGGAACAACUCUACCAACACCUCCACAUCCUCAACCGCCAACCCCAACACCCCCGACGCCACGGCAACCGUCGCUAAUGCUAACCUCACCGCCGCCGACUACGCCAACGACACAGAGCUUGGCGUUGCCGCGCCUACGGCCGUCCUCCUCCGGCAGCAGGAAGAGGAGGAGCUGUGUGUGAUUAAGGCUUUGGCCAAACACACGUGUCACGUGAAGCGAUACGACAGCUAUGUGUUGGAGGUGGGCGUGGGGAUGCCCGAGGAAGACGGGAUUCCAGAGGACCGGGCCAGAGACAUCAAACUGGUGGCCAGUCACGAGUUCAGACAGGUGUUGCUGCGCCUGCAGCCCGGCAGCCUGGUGGAGUUCAGCACUACGUUGGAGGGUCGUCUGGGGGGCCAGGUCCCGUCAUUCGAGCUGAAGGCCAUCUACUGUCUGGACUGUGACUCCUCCCUUCUGACCUCUGCCGGACAGGUGAAGAUCGAGAGAGACUGGAGACGGACCACACUCAACUCCGUCAAGUUCGCGUUCGACUUCUUCUUCUCUCCCUUCCUCUCGGCACGUAUCGACGUGUGACAGGGCGAGGAAGGAGAAAGAUGUAGUGACAGGACGAGGAAGGAGAGAGAUGUAGUGACAGGACGAGGAAGGAGAGAGAUGUGGUGACAGUGUGAAAAAUACAAAGAGGAAUAGAUGGAUAGAAGGAUUUCAAUUCAGCACAACUUUAUUUUUGUCUUGGAAUGUUUUAAUGUUUACAAUAGUUUGUCUUGGACCUUGCCUUCCCCCCCCCCCUUCCUGUCCUAAAGCAUCAACGUGUGACCAACUAGUGGUGGAAGAGACAGUGGCAGCCAUUUUUCAAAAUGGACCUGGGGGGGGAAUAGGAAAUGGAUGAAUGAAGGAAUUCAAUUCAAUACACCUUCAUUUGUAGAGCAACGUAGUGAUUAGAGGGAUGGGUUGAUGGACGGAGGCGUGAAAAGGGGCGUGUCUCUGGUUGGAACACCCGAAAGAGAACGGUUGCUACAGUUACACACAGUUGCUGCUGUUCUCUUCUGGAAGCCAUUUUGUAUUUUUAUUUUUUUCUUCAUGAGGCGGCUCGUUACCACGGCAACGUCAGCGUUUUAACGACGGGAAUGGAUGGUUGGGUCAGAUUGUAUCUUAUCGGGCAGAAACACCCGGAGAGCUGAAAUCAAACGAGGAAGUGGGUCAUCUGUAAACUGCAUUACCUGAAUGCAUUUCCACUGGCGCUGUCUUUUCUCAAUGGGAAACGGUUCACAAAUAGCCAGAGUGGUCUUUUUAAAACGGGGAUAACUGGCGGAAGACCCGAGGGAAUCAUGGUGCAUGAAGAUUUCAGAGGAACAGCCCUUACAAAUAUAGUAUUAAGAGUUGUGUAUUUAACUGUCUUAGGAACACACUGAUGACUUGUGUAUGUAGAAUAUCUAUGUAUCUAUAUAGUACUACAACUACGUAAUGUAUGUAUGUAUGUAUGUAUGUAUGUAUGUAUGUAUGUAUGUAUGUAUGUAUGUAUGUAUGUAUGUAUGUAUUUGCAGUGGUUUAUCUGAAAUGUAGCACUUAGUAACUUUUGGAUGUUUCCCAGCUAGCACAUAACGUUCUGAAAACCAUAUGUUAACCCGAGUGGCGCAGCGGUUUAAAGGCACCGCGUCGCAGCACUAGAGGCGUCACUAAAGACCCUGGUUCGAUCCGGGGCCUGUAUCACAACCGGCCGUUAUCGUGAAGUCCCAUAGCGCGGCGCACAAUUGUCCCAGCGCCGGCCGGGGUUUGGCCCGGGUUUGGCCCGGGGUAGGCCGUCAAUGUAAAAUAAGAAUUAGUUCUUCAGUGACUUGCCUAGUUAAAUAAAGGAAAGGCAAACAUCUUUGAGCUUGGUGAGAGUGUGUUCUAGAAUGUCUAGUGGUUCUAGAAUGUCUAGUGGUUGAAGAAUGUCUAGUGGUUGAAGAAUGUCUAGUGGUUCUAGAAUGUCUAGUGGUUGAAGAAUGUCUAGUGGUUGAAGAAUGUCUAGUGGUUGAAGAAUGUCUAGUGGUUGCAGAAUGUCUAGUGGUUGUUAUAUUGCAUACAACUUUCCAAUAACGUUUCCUCACGGUUCGAUAUAAAUUAAUGUUCUCAAAUUUGUUCAGAAAACGUUAAGAAACAACGUUCUUCUUUUGGGAAUGUCAGUUCUUCAGCAUAAUAUUUUCUACAGGUUUUUACAGGUUUCCUCAUUGUUCUAUUUAGUCAUGGUCUCAGAGAAUGUUCAGAGAACAUAAAACUAUUUAAUUUCAGUACUUCAGCAUAACGUUUCCUACAGGUUUCCUCAUUGCUUUAUUUAGUCAUGGUCUCAGAGAAUGUUCAGAGAACAUACAAAUAAUUAAUAUCAGUACUUCAGCAUAACGUUUUCUACAGGUUUCCUCAUGGUUCUACUUAGUCACGUUCAGAGAACAUUAAAAUAUUUAAUUUCAGUACUUCAGCAUAACGUUUCCUCAUGGUUUUAAUUUAAAGUCCUGUUCUCAGAACAUUAAAAAAAAAGAAUGCUAUUUAAAAACAUUAGUAUGUUGUAAGAAUGUUAUUUAAAAACAUACAUUGCUUUCUCAGCAUCUACAAAACACUCUCUAUGCUCUUAUCUUGUUAAGUGUGUAAAUUUAAAAUUGGUACUUUUUUUUUUUUUAAAUGUACAAACUUUAAAUUAAAUUAGAAUGAAUGUCG